GAGAGGCUGAGUGAGUGGAUCUCAGAGCUGCAGGAGAGAUCAGAGAACGUUGAGGUUCUGGUGUCAGAACUAGAGCUGGGAUACAACACUGUAGAGGUAGGAGGAAAGAGAGAAUUUGCUAUCUUCUCAAACUGAAGUAACUGUCUACUGGUGUGUUAUUGAAUGCGUAGAAUAAUGCAUGUUCUAAUGCAAGGUGUUUUUCUGGCCUAACCCUUCUCUUUCAGUUCCUCUUCACAUGGACCAGUUUAGACUCCGUAUAUCUAUGGCCCUUCUUUAGUUUGACUUGUCCUCCCUGUCCCUCUCUGUCUUUUGUCCCUCUGUCUCUCUCUAUCACUCUGUCUCCUGUCCCUCUCUCUUUCCCCUGUAACUCUCUCUGUCCCCUGUACCUCCUCAUCUCUAUGUUCCCAGGACCGUUGCAGAGACAGUGAGGAGGUGAUGGAGGCUCAGAAUGAGGAGAUGAUGGCUCUGGUGAUGGAGCAGUACAACACCAUGUCUCUGAGCAUGGAGGAGGAGAAGAAGGCAAAGCUGGAGCAGCUUUACGACCAAAUCGUUUCCUUCCAGGAGAGUAUAGACCAGGCCAAGGUCACACUGGACACCACCGCUAGAGAGGCAGAGAUAGACCCAGACACACAGGUGACACACACACACACACACUCACACAAAAAUACAGUGUACUGCUAA